AUGCAGUCUAAACCAAAGGGCUUGAAAGUCCUCAUUGUUGGCGCUGGCAUUGGAGGACUAGCUGCAGCCAUUGCCCUUCGGCAACAGGGGCACGAAGUGGAGGUUUUUGAAAGGUCACAUUUUGCAAAUGAAGUCGGAGCAGCAAUCCACUUAACUCCGAAUGCCAAUGGACUCUUGAAGCGAAUUGGGGUUGAUGCACGAAAGUACGGCGCGGUGCUGACAGAGCAACUUCGCGAUUACACCUCCGAUGGUGAGCUCCAGUAUACCUUAGACACAAGUCUAAUCUCCGGCAGCUGGCAGCAUGAAUGGGUUCUGAUUCAUCGCGCGCAUCUUCAUGAAGCUUUGAAAGCCAAAGCACAGGCUUCUGGGAAAGGAACACCCAUUAUUCUGCACACAUCGGCCAAGGUAGCGGACCUGGAUCCUCACGCCGCGACCAUAACUCUGGAAGACGGAAAGCGCUUCGAGGGCGACCUGGUGCUGGGGGCUGAUGGUGUUCACUCUGUGGCCCGUCGACAUGUCUCAGGAAAAGAUGUUAAGGCAUUUAGCUCAGGCCGCAACGCAUUCCGGUUUAUGGUUCCACGUCAGGAGGUAUUAGCAGAUCCCGAGACAGCUCACAUGGUCCAAACAAACGGAACCGUUCUUAUGUGGCAUAGUUCCGACAGUAAGGUGGUCAUCUAUCCGUGCGUGAACAACGAGAUAUUGAACUUUGUCUGCAUUCACCCUGAUACUCUUACCAACGAGUAUGUCUCUCACGGCUGGAAUCAAGGGGUAGGAAAGGACACGCUACUAGAGGCUUUCAAAGACUUUGAGCCCGGAGUUCUGAAAUUGUUGAACAAGGCAGAUCCUGAAACACUGAAGAUAUGGCCACUGCUGGACAUGGAAACCCUGCCUCGAUGGGUGAAUGGCCGACUAGCGCUAAUGGGAGAUGCUGCUCAUCCCUUCCUUCCAUAUCGGGCUUCGGGAGGUGCCAUGGCCAUUGAAGAUGGCUUGUCUUUGGCUGUUAUGCUGCCGGGAGAUCUGAAACAGGAGGAUGUCUCCACACGGCUGGGCCUAUACGAAAAGGCUCGCCAGGAGCGAGUGUUACAGAUCCAGGAAUACACACGAGAAUCCGGAAGGAGGCAUGUGGGCGGAAAAGAAGCCGCCAUCAUCAGUUCGUACAUCUAUGACCACGACGAGUGGGAUCAUUCAAGUGAAAUAUUGCGCCAGUAUCUCUGGGCGCAAAACAAACAGGUUUACUACCGUCAGCCCACUGUCUUCGGCCCUAUGCCAGGACCUCGCCAGGACUUCUGGGGCAGGAGCCGAGCGGCUGCCUCGAGCAAGACAAAGUUUUGCACAGCAUCCGUUCGGUUCAAGACGAGUCGUACCUUGCUUAAGAACCUGCUACCGAAUGCAUCCUACAGCUUUACCGGUAUGGGAAGCGUAGCCUACGCAACCUUCUCCCAAACUACGCUAGAUGGAUUAGACUGGCUCGCCGGUGGAGGAUACAACCACUUCGGGCUAUACAUCCAUGGUGUCCAAUACAAGAGUGCCGAUGGCCAGAUCACGGAAGGAUCCUACCUCCCAGUUUUAUUUGAGGAUCUGGCGGAUCCUAUCAUCUCUGGUCGCGAGGAGCUCGGGUUCCCGAAGGUAUUCAGUACAAUCGACGUGAGUAGGCGCCGUCAUUCGUAUCAUGUCACCACUAGCUGGCGAGGGGGAGUAUGGGGUCGGUUGAAUUUGACAGGGCUGGAGGAAACGACAGAAGAGCAACAGCAAACCAACGGAUCGACGAAGGCUCUGCCGAAUCUCCUGCUGCACCGCUACAUGCCCUGUGUUGGCAAGGACCAGAAAGGCAUCCCUGAGGCGGAGUAUCCUGUUGUGGUCGAUUCCGCUGAAGACCUGACGGUUGUACCUUCGAAGAUCACACGCGAACUACGUGCCACGGACGCCAAACUAGAGAUCGAUGGGUUGGAUUGGAACCAGCUCCCUACUCUCCAUCAUAUCGUGUCGCGUCUGGCUGAAGUUCCAAUAUAUGAGGUUGUAGAGGCCAAGGUUGUUGAAGGAGAGGGGGUAGCAGACGUGUCAUCGGCUCGGAAGGUCGAUCCGUGA